CCGUUGUUCUGUGUGCAUGCGUAUAAUAAGAACUAUGCACUCGGUCUGAUGCCCAUGCUGUUCUAGUUGGUAAUUCAGGACACUGGAGUCUCCUUCCUUCCUCCCCUCGUCCGCCACCUCCAGAUAGGAUGCAUUUCAGCGAGGGUGGAUGCCCUAGGGGAGCGGUUGCGAAUGCUCUCGAAUGGCUUGGGAUACGUUUCGGUUUGCUAUUUGCAGAGGUUCGUCCAGCACGCGGCCAGAGAGUCCUUCCCUUUGCGGGUGGGCAGGUCCCGCUGAUACUCGGCUCGUACUUGCUGUUCCUCCUAUUCGUUGCCUUCGUCUGGUACGCGGCGUGGAGACUGUGCCUCUGCAAGGUGCCGGUCUUGCGCGAGUGCUUCGGGAGCGACCAGCCGCGUGCCGGCGCGGACACGUCGUGUGCCCCCAGCCCCGAGGCCGACGCGGCGCAUGCUGCCGCGCGCCCGCAGGCAGGCGAGACCUCGCCGGAAGGAGAGGAGGAACACGCGAUCGCCUACGUCCUUGACGCCUCAGGCUUCGACGCUGCCGCCUUCAUGGCGGUCGAGGCCGCACCGGGGGCCCCAGCCCUCGCCCCUUCCCUUUCGCCCCCUGCUCCUCCUUCUGUCCCUGUGCUUUCUCCUGAGCUCAGGGCAUUAAUUCAAAAGAAGAGGGAGGCCGCCAGGGAACGUAGGUGGCAGCGCCAACGCGCUGCCCUCGGCUUGGGCCCCAGGCUUGGCCCUCUCUUCGAUCGGCCCCCUCAACAAUAGGUGGGGCCCUUUUGCCCGUCAAUCUCCUCAGCGACCCGCUUGGGGUCUUCGGUCACCGGCAGAGAGUAGACUUUAACCGAUGCCGAUGCCGAUGCCCACCCCCCCUUCCCUCCCCCCUUUCCCGCCGCCCCCCCUCCUCCGCCCUCCUCCCCUCCCCCGCCUUCCCCCGCUUCAGGAGGGGCGUUGUAGCCCCGGAACCGCCGCGCAGGCCAGCGGCGCGUUGCCCCUGCGCGGCCGCGCGGGGGCCGCCGGGCAGACGGCCGCGCGCGCCGGCGAGGCGUCCUGAGGCCGCGACGUUGGCUGGCCGCAAGGGCAGCUUGCCGCGGGCCGCCUUCGUGCGAGCGCCCGCCUGGCAGACAAGCGGCGCGGCGCUCUGCUGCGGAGCGGCGGAAAGCCUCUUGCUUACCUCGCAGGCGGCAUAAAUAUGUGUGUACGACAGUCUUUUCUGUUUCUAUUCCUGG